GCCGCUCCGGGCUGGCUUGUGCGAGGUGGGUCCAGCGCGCUCCUCCUCCUGCGCGGCUGCGGAUCGCGGCGGGGCAGGCAGCGGCGAGAAAGAGGAGGAGGAGGAAGAGGGGCCGAUCUCUGCCCCCCUUCCGUGCGCCGGGCUCUCGAGCACCCCCUCUCCAUCCCUCCCCAGUCGCUGCAGCGGCCAUCUUCGCUGCCUCGCCCUCCGCAGCGCAACGUGCGCACCGGGCGGAGGCGGCCGCCGCUCGGCCGCGGAGCGAUGCGCGGCGCGGAGGAGCCGCAGAUCGCGGAGGACAUGUCAGAAGAAGAGGAUGGAGUCCUGGAAGAUCUGGAGGAGUUUUAUCCUGAGGAGCAGGUGAACAUCCAGAAGAAGAAGAAGAAGACCAAGAAGCUGAAGGAGAACAAGGCAUCUAAGGUCAAGAGGAAGAAGAAGGAGGGGAACCACGACGACGAAAUCUCCGAAAACGAAGAGGAAGCAGGAGAGAAAUCAGAGAGCGAAGGCAGCGACUAUUCCCCCAACAAGAAGAAGAAGAAGAAGCUGAAAGAGAAGAAGGAGAAGAAGGCCAAGAGGAAAAAGAAGGAGGAGAACGAGGAGGAGAACGAAGAAGGAGUCUUAAAAGAACCCAAAACCUCGGCUCAGCUCAUGGAGGAGUGGGGUCUGGAUGAUGUGGACUAUGCCUUUUCUGAAGAAGACUAUCACAUGCUGACAAACUACAAGGCCUUCAGCCAGUUUCUCAGACCUUUGGUUGCCAAAAGGAACCCCAAAAUCCCCAUGUCCAAGAUGAUGACUGUUCUGGGUGCCAAGUGGAGGGAGUUCAGUGCCAACAACCCCUUCAAAGGCAGCUCAGCUGCUGCUGCUGCAGCCGCCAUAGCGGCGGCCGUUGAAACUGUUGCCAUAGCUCCGGCGCCACUGACCCUCAGCCCCCAGCAACUGCUGCCACCACCACCCACCAUCAGGAAAGCCAAAACCAAGGAGGGAAAGGGUCCUGGUGUGCGGAAAAAAAUUAAGAACACCAAAGAGAUCAAGAAGAAGGGAAAAGGGAAGAGAGUGGGGGCUCUGAAAUUCCGCUUUGGGGGAAUCGCCAACAAGAGGAAAAAGGGCUCCUCGAGCGAGGAGGAGGAACGGGAGGAAUCCGACAGCGCCAGCAUCAACAGCUCCUCAGUGCGCUCUGAGUCAUCUGCUGUUCUGGGCAAGAGGGGAAAGAGGCGGAAGAAGAAGAAGAAAAUUGAAGAAGGAGACGGCUACGAGACAGACCACCAGGAUUACUGCGAGGUGUGCCAGCAAGGAGGGGAGAUAAUUCUCUGUGACACCUGCCCCCGGGCCUACCACCUCGUCUGUUUGGACCCAGAGCUGGAGAAGGCGCCGGAAGGGAAAUGGAGCUGCCCGCACUGUGAAAAAGAAGGCAUCCAAUGGGAGCCGAAGGAAGAGGACGAGGAGGAAGAGGAGGUUGGCGAGGAAGAGGACGACCACAUGGAGUUCUGCCGCAUCUGCAAGGACGGAGGGGAGCUCCUUUGCUGUGACACCUGUCCAUCCUCCUACCACCUGCACUGCCUCAACCCACCUUUGCCGGAGAUACCAAAUGGUGAAUGGCUCUGCCCCCGUUGUACAUGCCCGCCGUUGAAAGGGAAAGUGCAGCGGAUCCUCCACUGGAUCUGGCAGGAGCCCCCAGCCCCACUUGCGCCAGCCUUGCCCUUGGUGGAUCCAGAGCUGGCUGCCCUGCCACUGAAGCCUCUGGAGGGGAUCCCCGAGAGAGAGUUCUUCGUGAAGUGGGCAGGACUGUCCUACUGGCACUGCUCCUGGGUCAAAGAGUUGCAGCUGGAGCUCUACCACACUGUGAUGUUCCGCAACUACCAAAGGAAGAACGAUAUGGACGACCCUCCGGCUUUCGACUACGGCUCGGGCGACGAGGACACCAAGAUAGAGAAGAGGAAGAGCAAAGACCCUGAGUACGCCAAGAUGGAGGAGAAGUAUUAUCGCUACGGGAUCAAGCCUGAGUGGAUGAUGAUUCAUCGUAUCCUCAACCACAGCUUUGACAAGAAAGGAGAUGUCCACUACCUGAUCAAGUGGAAGGACCUGCCGUAUGAUCAGUGCACCUGGGAGGUGGAUGAAAUUGACAUUCCGUACUACGAGAACUUCAAGCAGCAAUACUGGAAUCACAGGGAGAUGAUGUUGGGAGAGGAGAGCAGCCAGACCGCCAAGAGGCUGAGCAAGAAAGGGAAGAAGUUCAAUGAUGAGAAACUAGAAAGGCCUCCAGAAUCGCCUCUUGUGGAUCCCACCGUAAAAUUUGACAAGCAGCCGUGGUAUAUUGAUACAACCGGUGGGACGCUGCACCCUUACCAGCUGGAGGGUCUCAACUGGCUGCGGUUCUCCUGGGCGCAGGGAACGGAUACCAUCCUCGCUGAUGAGAUGGGCCUUGGGAAGACCGUCCAAACCAUUGUGUACCUUUACUCCCUUUACAAAGAGGGCCACUCCAAGGGUCCGUAUCUCGUCAGUGCCCCCCUUUCCACCAUCAUCAACUGGGAGCGGGAGUUUGAGAUGUGGGCGCCCGAAUUCUACGUGGUCACGUACACGGGGGACAAGGAGAGCCGGUCUGUGAUUCGCGAGAAUGAGUUCUCCUUUGAGGACAAUGCCAUCCGGAGCGGGAAGAAAGUUUUUCGGAUGAAGAAAGAAGCUCAGAUCAAGUUCCAUGUCCUGCUCACAUCCUAUGAGCUCAUCACUAUUGACCAGGCCAUUCUGGGAUCCAUUGAGUGGGCAUGUCUGGUGGUGGAUGAAGCCCACAGACUGAAGAACAACCAGUCCAAAUUCUUCAGGGUGCUCAACAGCUACAAAAUCGACUAUAAACUGCUUCUGACUGGAACGCCUCUGCAGAACAACCUCGAGGAGCUCUUCCACUUGCUCAACUUCCUCACGCCAGAGAGGUUCAACAACCUGGAGGGCUUCCUGGAAGAGUUUGCAGACAUCUCCAAGGAGGACCAGAUCAAGAAACUGCACGACCUUUUGGGACCUCACAUGCUCCGGAGGCUGAAGGCUGAUGUGUUUAAGAACAUGCCUGCCAAAACAGAGUUGAUUGUCAGGGUGGAGCUGAGCCAGAUGCAGAAGAAAUACUACAAGUUAAUCCUUACAAGGAACUUUGAGGCUCUGAAUUCGAAAGGUGGAGGCAACCAGGUGUCCCUGCUCAAUAUCAUGAUGGAUCUCAAGAAGUGUUGUAACCAUCCGUAUCUUUUCCCCGUGGCGGCCGUGGAAGCCCCGGUAUUGCCAAACGGAUCCUACGACGGCAGCUCGCUGGUGAAGUCGUCUGGGAAGUUGAUGCUGCUGCAGAAGAUGCUCAAGAAGCUGAGGGAUGGCGGCCACCGGGUGCUCAUCUUCUCCCAGAUGACGAAGAUGCUUGACUUGUUGGAAGAUUUCUUGGAAUACGAGGGUUAUAAGUAUGAACGGAUUGAUGGUGGCAUCACUGGAGGGUUGAGGCAGGAAGCCAUCGACAGGUUUAAUGCACCCGGAGCUCAGCAGUUCUGUUUCCUGCUCUCCACCAGAGCCGGAGGUUUGGGCAUUAACCUUGCAACAGCCGACACAGUCAUAAUUUACGAUUCUGAUUGGAACCCCCACAAUGACAUUCAGGCCUUCAGCAGAGCCCACCGGAUUGGGCAGAAUAAGAAGGUGAUGAUCUACCGCUUUGUGACGAGGGCGUCCGUCGAGGAGCGCAUCACCCAAGUGGCCAAGAGGAAGAUGAUGCUGACGCAUUUGGUGGUGCGCCCGGGCCUUGGCUCCAAGUCUGGCUCCAUGACGAAACAAGAGCUGGAUGACAUCCUGAAGUUUGGCACAGAGGAACUGUUCAAGGAUGACGUUGAGGGGAUGAUAUCUCAGGCCCAGAAAAUUGGCAUACCUGAGGCCAUGACCCCUUUCAUGGAGGCACCAACCUCCAAAGGUGGGACCGUGACUCCUGGCUUGAAGAAAAAACAUGGCCCUGCUCCUCCAGGUGACAAUAAAGACGUAGAGGACAGCAGUGUGAUCCAUUACGAUGAUGCGGCCAUCUCAAAGCUCCUGGACCGCAACCAAGAUGCCACUGAUGACACGGAGCUGCAGAACAUGAACGAGUAUCUCAGCUCUUUUAAAGUGGCCCAGUAUGUUGUGAGAGAAGAGGACGGUGUGGAGGAAGUUGAGCGCGAGAUCAUCAAGCAGGAGGAGAACGUGGACCCCGACUACUGGGAGAAGCUCCUGAGGCACCACUACGAACAGCAGCAGGAGGAUCUGGCCCGUAACCUCGGGAAAGGGAAGAGAGUCCGGAAGCAGGUCAACUACAACGACGCCUCUCAGGAGGACCAAGAGUGGCAGGACGAGCUGUCCGACAAUCAGUCUGAGUACUCCAUCGGCUCUGAAGAUGAGGACGAAGACUUUGAGGAGCGGCCUGAAGGUCAGAGUGGCCGGCGGCAGUCCCGAAGGCAGCUGAAGAGUGACAGGGACAAGCCCCUCCCACCGUUGUUGGCGAGAGUCGGUGGGAACAUUGAGGUUUUGGGCUUCAAUGCCCGCCAGCGGAAAGCGUUCUUGAAUGCCAUCAUGCGCUGGGGGAUGCCCCCUCAGGAUGCCUUCAACUCCCACUGGCUGGUGCGGGACCUCCGGGGGAAAAGCGAGAAGGAGUUCAGGGCCUACAUCUCCCUAUUCAUGAGGCACUUGUGUGAACCCGGGGCAGACGGGGCGGAGACCUUUGCUGACGGCGUCCCCCGCGAGGGGUUGUCCCGGCAGCAUGUGCUGACCCGAAUUGGCGUGAUGUCGCUAGUAAGGAAGAAGGUUCAAGAGUUCGAACCUGUCAAUGGGAAGUACAGCACUCCUGACCUCAUCCCGGAAGGACUGGAGAGCAAAAAGGGAGGGGAGGUUCUCUCUUCGGACCCAAACACGCCUGUCCCAGCCAGCCCAGCUCAUGGGCAGGUGGGGCCCACGUUGCAACCAGACAAAGCGGACCCGCAGCCAGGGAUCCCCCAGGAAAAAGAUCCAUUGGAGCAGAGGGCAAAAAAGCCACGGGAGAGCCAGGUGCCAGUGAACAGCGAGAAAACGGAGAAGGACGAAAAGGAGGAAAUUGUGGUGGGACAAGCAAAACCGGGCGAAGAGAGCAUCGAAGAGGACGAGAGGGCGGAGCCUGUCCCUGAGCAGCCAGCAAAAGCUCCUGCAGAUGAGGCCUCCCAGGAGAAUGAAAAGCCAGCCGCAAAGCCAGAAUCAAACACCAGCCCCUCUAAAGGAGGCAGUAAAGAAUCCAAGUCAGAUGAUGCCAAGGCAGAAGAAAAGGAGCUCUCUGAGGCUCAGCAGAAUGGAGAAAAGGAGGACGAGGAGGAUGGGAAGAAGGACGACAAGAGUGGGAUCCGAUUCAUGUUCAACAUCGCUGACGGGGGCUUCACAGAACUGCACACGCUUUGGCAGAACGAGGAGAGGGCAGCUGUCUCCUCGGGGAAGAUUUACGACAUCUGGCACCGGAGGCACGAUUACUGGCUGCUGGCAGGAAUCGUCACUCACGGCUACGCCCGCUGGCAAGACAUCCAGAAUGACCCGCAUUAUGUAAUCCUGAACGAGCCCUUCAAGUCAGAGAUCCACAAGGGUAACUACUUGGAGAUGAAGAACAAGUUCCUGGCACGGCGGUUCAAGUUGCUGGAGCAGGCGCUGGUGAUUGAGGAGCAGCUCCGCCGGGCAGCGUACCUCAACAUGACCCAGGACCCCAAUCACCCGGCCAUGGCCUUGAACGCCCGCUUGGCUGAAGUGGAGUGCCUUGCUGAGAGCCACCAGCACCUCUCCAAAGAGUCCCUUGCGGGGAACAAGCCUGCCAACGCCGUCCUUCAUAAAGUCCUGAACCAGCUGGAAGAGCUGCUGAGCGACAUGAAAGCUGAUGUGACUCGGUUGCCCUCCAUGCUUUCCCGCAUCCCACCUGUGGCCGCUCGCCUCCAGAUGUCCGAGAGAAGCAUCCUGAGCCGGCUGACAAACCGGGGGAGCGACCCCAGCAUCCAGCAGGCCUCUUUUGGCUCCUCCCAGAUCUACAGCAACAACUUUGGCCCAAACUUCCGUGGUCCAGGACCAGGUGGGAUCGUCAACUACAGCCAGAUGCCCCUGGGACCUUACGUGACAGAUAUUUAGCCGUUUGCGAGAGUUUCCUCUGCAGUUCUCAUUGCUACGAGAGCAACACCCAAUGGACCGCCCUUGAGCCACCUGGAUAAAAAGGUCCCUGAGCCCCUGAAAGAUGGUGCAACCUUAGACUGCAAGGGACAGCAUUGCGAUGUCAUCUGCAUCGAAGAUUGAAGGCCAGUCUUGGUGGCUCUGGGCUUGCUGUGUUCACAUCUCAAAGUGUUCUUCAAAACAAGGACAACUCCCCGCAUCCCUUGGGCCAUUUCACAAACUUCCUUGAGACAGCAAGAUUUUCACUUCCUUGUAUCUUGGGUUUUUCUUUCGCACGCACUUAUUGAGGACUUGAAAGGUUUGUUGGCUGGAUUACAAAUGGACUCUUCAGUUUUUAGCGUGGAUGCUGUCCCCCUUUCAUACGCAGCUGAAUGAGAGACUGGGAGCAGGUGCCAAUGUGCUAUUCCUCCAUCCCACCCCACCCCGCCCAGAGAUGUGUGGCAGUCAUGACUCAAGUGGAGAACCUUGCUAAUGUAUGUUUGGCCUGUGCUUGGAAAAGGUACAAGCUCACUCUCUGGGCUCAGACGUUGAACGGGCUAGGUUGGGUAGACUGAAUGCUGCUGUGUGUGUGUU